AUCGUCAAAAGUUGUUUUUUCUUUUGUUUUCUACUUGUUGUAUUGCCUUCAUUAGCUAUUUCUAUCCAUUUGGGGGAUUUGGAUUGACAAUUGAAAGAGGGAAGAUGCGACAUUUUCAUUAGACAGCGAUGAUGGCAAUCGGCGCUUGAGGAGCAAAUUCAAUUUGUUAGCGCGCCACAUUCAAAUUGGGACGUGUCUAGCAUCAUUUGUUUUUCUCAUUCGACUUGGCUGGUUGAACACGACUAAUUCUUUUUCACUUAUUUUUCGAACAAGUCUUUUCGUUUAGUAGUUCAUUUAAACAAGGUAUGAUAGUAUAAAGUAGUUUAAAAGUAUCUCUAAACUGAGUAUCUGUUUCUUCGUUAGAAAAUGCGUGAGAUUGUACAUGUGCAAGCUGGGCAGUGUGGAAACCAAAUAGGAACCAAGUUUUGGGAAGUAAUAUGUGACGAACACGGCCUCUCACCUGACGGUUUUUAUGCAGGAAACACCCCCUCUCAACUGGACCGUAUCAACGUCUAUUACACUGAGGCCUCGGACAAACGUUAUGUUCCACGUGCAGUUCUUGUGGACUUGGAACCAGGCACUAUGGAUGCUAUCAAAAGUGGUAAACUUGGAAAAAUGUUUCGCCCAGACAACUUCAUCUAUGGUCAAAGUGGUGCUGGAAACAACUGGGCUAAAGGUCACUAUACAGAAGGAGCAGAGUUAGUUGAUGCAGUUUUAGAUGUAGUGCGUAAGGAAGCAGAAGCAUGUGACUGUUUACAAGGAUUCCAAGUAACUCACUCACUGGGUGGAGGUACAGGUUCUGGAAUGGGUACUUUGCUAAUUUCUAAGAUAAGGGAAGAAUAUCCUGAUCGAAUGAUGGGAACCUAUUCAGUAUUGCCCUCUCCAAAAGUGUCUGAUACAGUUGUUGAACCUUACAACUGUAUUCUUUCAGUCCACCAGUUGGUAGAAAAUGGAGAUGAAGUGUUUUGCAUAGACAACGAAGCACUCUAUAACAUUUGUCACAACACCUUAAAGAUGAAUAAUCCAUCAUAUAGCGACCUCAAUCAACUAGUAACUGCAGUCAUGUCAGGUAUUACGUGCUCACUUCGUUUUCCGGGACAACUAAACGCAGACUUGCGUAAAUUGGCAACUAAUCUUAUUCCCUUUCCCCGAUUACAUUUCUUCAUGAUUGGAUUCGCUCCCCUUGCAGCUCCUGGGACUCAGCAAUACAAAUCCAGUUCAGUGGCCGAUCUCUGCCAGCAAAUGUUCGAUUCACGUAACAUGAUGGCAGCUUGUGAUCCUCGACAUGGUCGUUACCUCACUGCAGCUGCAUAUUUCCGAGGCAAAGUUCCAACAAACGAAAUCGACGAUCAAUUGAUGACAGUUCAGAACAAAAAUGCUGCUUCAUUUGUGGAGUGGAUACCUAACAAUAUCAAAAGCUCUCUCUGUGAUAUUCCUCCCAAGGGUAUGCAACGUUCGGCAACCUUUAUUGGAAAUUCCACUGCUAUUCAAGAGCUGUUCAAGAGAGUCGGUGAACAAUUUGCAGCAAUGUUUCGUCGCAAAGCUUUUCUUCAUUGGUAUACUGGAGAAGGUAUGGACGAAAUGGAAUUCACCGAAGCCGAAAGCAACAUGAGCGAUUUGGUUUCUGAAUACCAACAGUAUCAGGAAGCCACAAUAGAUGACGACUUUGGAGAUGACGGUGAGGAAGGCGAAGAAUAUUAAGUAGAAUACCCAACUUAAUCAGCAGUUGUUAAUGAACGUCAAAAAUAAACGUGGUUUGCUUGUCUCAAGAAAUACAAUAAUUGAAAU